UAAUUCACCGGGAAGCUCGAAUGCGCCAGCGGUAGGUGUCCACCGUUAGAAUAAAUCUGAGCACACGAAGAAUUUCUCCCGUGGGUACCGGUGCAGUGAUGGAGUGGCAAAUCCCGACCCCGAUUGGCUGGAUCUGCUGCCCGUCACACUGCCAGGCAGAGCGCGGGUGCCCGGCUGCCCACUGGACCAGAGGAGCAGAUGUGCUGGGUGUGGAGGGACUGGCUCUCUUCUCAAUGGAAAGAAACGCUGCUCUUAGGUUCCUGCUGCUUUUUUUGUAUGUGGGAUUCGCAGUGUCUGCGGAGCAAAUGAUUGCGACAGUGGAUGGCAGUUCACCUGCAUUUUCAGAUCAAGAUUCUCUGCAAAAAAAUGGUCGACAUUAUGAUGGUGGUGUGAAGCCAAAAUUUAAUGUUGUCAGCUACAACUUGAGCAGGAAAGGACAGUGGGAAAGAGCAUCCUGGAGGCCGUUCACCCAUAGCCACUACAGCCCUCUCAAUGUCACAGUUAAUGGCAUCCCCUGCAUUCUCUUCUGGGCCAAGAGGAUCAUGAUUAAGUUUGAAAACCACACGCAACUGGAUUUGACGGAGAAGACAUUUGGUGUCCAUGCAACAGUGGAUGUUGGAGAUUCAAACUGCAGUGAAGACAACGCAAUGCUUUCUCUGAAGUUUGGUGACAUUGGCAAUCUAAAGGGACUUGUUAUUAGAUUCUUAUUAACAACCAGCUAUUACCAGCUGUCUGUUCAGAACUGGUUCAGUUUACACAGACUGCAACUUCUUUACAACCACUCCAUACAAGCGACGUUUAAUGCAACCAGAAUAUAUGCACCAGCAAGUUACUCCUACCACUGUGAACAUGUGAGCAGCUUGCAGAGAUAUGAUGCACUCCUCAUACCCAGCUCUGCAAAUGAUCUUUCAAAGCUUUGGGAAGUCACUUUUAUUGAUUUCCAGAUUCAAGGUUUUAACAUUCAAGAAGGACAUUUUGCCUAUGCAAAAGACUGUGCAUCCUUUUUCUCUCCAGCAAUACUUAUGGGAUUGGUUAUGUCUCUGAUUCUGCUGCUGGUUCUUGCCUAUGCUCUUCAUAUGUUGAUCCACCUGAAAUCUCUUGACAGGCACUAUGAAUGCAAAGCUUCUCCUACCUAUUUUGCACAGAUGAAAGACAAUGACGUGGGGGAGGAGAAAGAGCCACUGAGAAGCAGUGGAAAUGAGUCCUAUGAACUCAGAAACCAAGAGUUCUGCAAAAUCUAUAUUUAGCAGUAUGCAUCUGUCUCAGUGAAACAAGUGGUAUUUUCUUCUGCUGGCACUCCCGUAUGUAGUUUGUGCAGAUUUUUCACCAACUGAUGAAAGGAAAAGUAGGUAACAGACUGUUUAGCCAGUUACUGUCUGUUAUUUAUUGAUAACCAUCUCAAAGAUGCCUUGGGAAACAAGAUGAGAGAAAAAAAAUUCCCUUGUGAGUAAGAGAUUCCAUGUGAUGGGAGUUUAUUCCUGUAGUACAAAACCAAAAUGCAUAUCUUUUCAGCCAGCUUACCAAGUCAUGAAGAGAGAGAUAAUCAGUAAUGGAGCCUUUGAAAUUAAAUAAAGAUACAAAAAAUAGCAAAACAAACAAAAAAAUCUUUGCUUAUUCUUUCAGUAGGCAAGAUCCUUCCUGGUUUUUUAUUUGCUUCAGCCACCUUGCUUUGUGUCCUGACAAAACAGCAUCCAUUCCUUUCUCAGUAUAUGUUUUCCUUUUAUUUUCCAAGUUACAUCCUCUCCUCUUUGUCCUCAUAAACUCCUUUUCUUCCUUUGGAGUCUUCAGAGACGUA